UUGUCCAAUAGGUGACGACAAAGCGCCUGUCACUCGAUUACCAACUUCAACCACUCUGCAGAAGAAGAGAGGCGAAAUGGGUUGUUGUUGUCUGUAGGUUUUAACAUGUUGUUUAAAAACUUUAAGACCCGCGCAACAACAGUUUCUUUAAACGAACUUAGUAUACAAUAGUCUAUACGAUGAUCAAUAUUACGACAGUUUGAAAGUCUUUGAAAUGGCGGCACUAUUUUUUUCUUUACAUUCAAAAGCGAGCAGCUAGCUUGUUUUAGCUAAAGCAGGAAGACAGCACUCUGUCAUUUUUUUCUGACAGCGUUUCUCUAAAGUUACCUGACACUAUUUUCAGUCUCUGUGUUUGAGGUUCGUCACAGGCAUGGUCACUCGGAUAGAGUGCAUAUUCUUUAGUGAGUUUCACCCCACACUGGGUCCAAAGAUUACAUAUCAGGUCCCAGAAGAAUACAUCUCAAGAGAACUGUUUGACACAGUCCAGGUUUAUAUCAUCACCAAGCCUGAGCUGCAAAACAAACUAAUAACAGUCACAGCUAUGGAGAAAAAGUUAAUCGGAUGUCCUGUGUGCAUUGAACAUAAAAAGUACAGACGAAACGCCCUCCUCUUUAACCUCGGCCUGGUGUGCGACGCUAAGACUGAUACUUGUGCCCUUGAGCCAAUUGUCAAGAAGCUGUCUGGGUACCUCACAACCUUAGAGCUAGAGAGUGGUUUUAUUUCUAAUGAGGAGAGCAAACAGAAGCUUCUACCAAUCAUGUCGACCUUGUUAGAUGACCUUAAUGCAACCGGAGCCUGCACUUUACCAAUUGAUGACUCGAACACGAUUCACUUAAAGCUGAUCCCACUGCGGAAGGACCCCCAGAUCGUCCAGGAGUAUGACGUGCCCGUCUUUGCGCAGUGCAAAGAACAUUUUAUCAAAUCUCAGUGGGAUCUCACCACUCAACAGAUCCUGCCCUACAUUGACGGUUUUAGACACAUCCAAAAAAUUUCUGCGGAAGCAGACGUGGAAUUAAAUCUUGUUCGCAUUGCGGUUCAGAAUCUCCUGUAUUAUGGAGUUGUGACUUUGGUGUCAAUAUUCCAGUACUCUAAUGUUUACUGCACAACCCCCAAAGUCCAGAGUCUCAUUGACGACAAAUCCAUUCAGGAGGAGUGUCUCAAUUAUGUUUCCAAACAGGGUCAAAAGCGUGCCAGCCUGAGAGAUGUGUUCCAGUUGUACUGCGGUUUGAGCCCAGGAACCACGGUGCGGGACCUUUGCUCCCGCUACGCUCAGCAGCUUCAAAGGGUUGAUGAAAGAAGGUUGAUCCAGUUCGGCCUAAUGAAGUCUCUCAUUCGACGGCUGCAGAAAUACCCCGUGAAGGUGAUCCGCGAUGAGCGCAGCCGACCCCCGAGACUCUACACCGGCUGUCAUAGUUAUGAUGAGAUCUGCUGUAAAACAGGGAUUAGUUACCAGGAACUGGACGAGCGUCUGGAAAACGACCCGAACAUUGUCAUCUGUUGGAAGUGAUGUUACACAGAACCAUCACCUGGAUGAAUAACCUGGAUGUGUCUACCGAAGAUGCCUGGAGUGUGAAGCAGUUCUGACAUUUUCAACUGUAUCAGCUGUAAACAUGUUCAGAACUGUGAUCAACAUCUGUUUAUAAAGAUGAUAUUUGGUUGUUCAAGUCA